CGAAAACUUGAGGGAAGGAGCAGACCUCCUCCAUCCUUCGUGCCUUCCCCAACUUGAAACUACCUGGGCAGGAACCAUCUCGGCUUCUGUCAUCUCGUCUCUCAUAUACAUAUCUGCAGGAUGAGGCCGCACAACGCAACCACACUCGCCGCCAGGGCGCGAGGCAGCAUACAACCAAGCACAUACGGGCGCGCAGUCGCAUAUAGGCGGUUAUCGACAGCGCCACGGGCGUCGCGCUCAUCAGUAGCACAGUCGUCUGAUGCAUCGCACCUGCAAUUCCUGCGCAGCAACUUCUUGCCCCAGGACGUUCUCUUCCGCGCCGCCGCCGCACAUGCACGCCAGUUUUCUUCUCAGUCUGCGCUCUACCAGCAGGCGCAGAAGCAGAAGCCCGUGAAGGAGGAAGCAGCCAAGUCUGAAGCCGAGAAGGAGAAGACCGCAGAGGAACUUUACGAAGAGGAGAAGGCCAAGGCGAAGCAGGCGGGCGAAGAGGAGACUGGCGAGCAAAAAGAAGGCGAGCAGAAGGAAGGCGAAGAGGGCAAGAAGAAGGAGAAGAAGGACGACAAGCCCCCGCCACCUCCCCACGGUGACAAGACGCCAUGGCAGGUCUUCACAGAGACGCUCCAACAGGAGUUCCAGGCCUCGAAAGAGUGGAACGAGGGCACAAAGGAGCUUUCUGGUCAGGUUCACGACUUCACAAACGACCCCCGUGUGCAGCGGGCGAGAGAGGCUUCCGAGGCUGCGAAGACAAAGACUGCUGCAGCCUUGAAGGCCACAGCAUCAGCAGUCGGGCAGGGUGCUGCGUGGACUUGGGACACAAUGCCCGUCAAGGGCGUACGCGCUGCUGCCAGGGUCACCGGUACUGGUCUCGACUACGCCACGCGACCAGUGCGCCAGACCAAGGCUUUCCAGGCCGUCAAAGAGACCAUCGACGAUGGCAGCUCCUCGCGGUACGGAGGUUGGGUUGAGAAGGAGGAGCGCAGGAAGCGAAGGGAGCUGCGCGAGCUGAAUGAGCUCCAGCGAACUGGUGGCAAGCCCACCGGUCCCAUGGAGGAGGACAUUGAAGCCGGCACAAACAUCACCCUGCACAAGGACGCCAAGUACAAGGAAGUCUGGAGAGACUGGAAAGACAACUCCAAGCUCGCCCAGGGUUUCUUCAGUAUGAAGCAGACAUAUGGCGAAUCCGACAACGCCAUCAUCUUGACCGCUCGCAGCAUCACCGACCGCAUCGCCGGCUUCUUCUCCGAAAACGAGACUGCCAUGGUCAUCAAGAAGUUCCGCGAAAUCGACCCCAACUUCCAGAUGGAGCCCUUCCUGACCGAAAUGCGCGAGUACAUCCUGCCCGAAGUCCUAGAUGCCUACGUCAAGGGCGACGUCGAAGUCCUCAAACAGUGGCUCUCUGCAGCGCAAUACUCCGUCUACGCAGCACUGAUGCAGCAAUACAAGACCGCGGGCCUGAAAUCCGACGGCAAGAUCGUUGACAUCCGCGGCGUUGACGUUCUGAACGCGAAGCUCCUCGAGCCCGGCGAGAUCCCUGUUUUCAUCCUCACCGCGCGCACGCAGGAGGUCCACGUCUACCGCAACGCGAAGACUGGCGAGCUUGCGUCUGGCAUGGACGACAAGGUCCAGCAAGUCACAUACGCAAUCGGCGUCACCAGAAUACCGGAGGACGUCAACAACCCCGAGACGAGAGGCUGGCGCCUCAUUGAACUGCAGAAGAGCGCCCGCGACUACUACUGAUCGACUCGCGCACCGUUUGCUUUCUCCGCACGUCGUGCUGUACUACCAUUUGUUUUGCAUUUUUCGCUGCGCAUGGGUGCCUCCAUGCGGUUCCGAGGCUGGGGCAUUUCUGGCGUCUAAAAGGUUGAGCCUGAUGUUUUCCACCGCUCGGUCUUAUUGCGACGCCUUCUUCUCAGGGUCGUGGGAGUGGAUCACGAUACACUUCACUUCCCCACUCUGUACGUAUACUUGUAUAAUAUUUGAUGAGACGAGAGACGGUUGGGUGUAUGGAGGCCAUGAUAUGGUGUGUAUAAGACUAGAUUGAUCGGUGCGAUCUGAAUGAGAGGAUGUCCACAACUCACGUUUGCAAUGAAUCUGUUGAUGGUGACAAGUCAGUCAUGUUCUGCGAUCGUGCGGCAAGCGCUCCUUUCUUCUAUACAAGCUGGUGUUGGCACCUUCCAGCGUCCUCAAGCAAUACCGGCCGGGUAAGCAUCCUACACCCUUCGACCUCC